CUGUGCUCACUGUUGGUUAGCCAGUGUGUGCACAACUUAGAAGGGCUGAGGGAACCGUGUUUGGUCUAAGACUCACACUGUAAACAUGGCUGGUGUCCAUCGCUUGGUUAUCGUCCGCCACGGCGAGAGCUCCUGGAACCAGGAGAACCGCUUCUGCGGCUGGUUCGACGCUGACCUCAGUGAGAAGGGCGUGGAUGAGGCCAGGCGUGGAGCCCAGGCUAUCAAGGAUGCAGGCCUCAAGUUCGACGUGUGCUACACCUCCGUGCUGAAACGUGCCAUCAAAACCCUGUGGACCAUCAUGGAGACCACGGACCAGAUGUGGCUGCCUGUGAUUCGUACCUGGCGUCUGAAUGAGCGUCACUACGGAGGCCUCACCGGUCUCAACAAGGCGGAGACAGCUGAGAAGCAUGGUGAGGAGCAGGUGAAGAUCUGGCGCCGUUCCUUUGACAUCCCACCUCCAGUCAUGGACAAGGACCACCCUUACCACAAAAUCAUCAGUGAGUCCCGGCGCUACAAGGGUCUGAAGCCUGGUGAGCUCCCCACAUGUGAGUCACUGAAGGACACCAUUGCCCGCGCUCUUCCUUUCUGGAACGACGUCAUCGCUCCUGAAAUCAAGGCGGGAAAGAACGUCAUCAUCGCUGCCCACGGCAACAGCCUCCGUGGCAUCGUCAAGCACUUGGAGGGUAUGUCUGACGCAGCCAUCAUGGAGCUGAAUCUGCCCACAGGAAUCCCAAUUGUCUACGAGCUGGACGCAGACCUGAAGCCCGUAAAGCCCAUGUCUUUCCUCGGCGAUGAGGAGACCGUAAAGAAGGCCAUGGAGGCCGUGGCCGCCCAGGGCAAAGCCAAGAAGUAAGCCCGAGGCUCCAUAAGAAGGCAGAAAAAAAGACUGUUCCCCCCCUUUUGUCCUUCAACUCUUCCUCCCGUCCAUUUGUCCAUCCUUGUAGUCCAUUCCAACUGGGGAAAUGUUUAAUGGUUCUUUUGGAGACGAGCCAUUUUCAGCACAUUAGCCCUGUUUGUUUAAAUGACAGACAGAGAGAUGAGCCGUCAAUCAAAGCGGACAGCCGGCCCCUGAUAUUUUAUGCAGCCACACAUCACUCAGCCCUUUUAAAUUGUGGUUAAGCCCCAUGUUGAGGGCGUCACCACCCUGGCACAACCAAUAAAGAAACCAUGUUUUUACGUA